UUAAUUUAUUAUUUUUUUCAGUUAAAAGUAUUUCCAGACUCGGCACGUUCUGCCAUCUAUGCUUUUCUUGGGGUACCAUAUGCAGAACCGCCAAUAGAAGAACUAAGAUUUGCUCCACCUAAAGUUCAUAGUGGUUGGAAUCGAACCUUAUUAGCCAUGUCAAUGAGACCUAUAUGUCCCCAACUUUCGAAUACCAUAUACGAUGAGGCGGCAACGGAUGAACUUUUAGCGAGACCAUCUGAAAUCAAUGAGGACUGCUUGUACUUAAACAUUUGGGUUUCGGAGAGUGGCCUGCGCUAUGGCAACCUUCCAGUAUUGGUAAUAUUAACGGGAGAGGGAAUGUCAUAUGACUGGCCACGUAAUAGAAUAACCGGCUUAGAUAUUGCUGCUGAAGGAUUUGUUGUCAUUACCGUACAAUAUCGCACAAAUAUAUUUGGUUGGCUAAAUGUACCGGGCAAUAUUGAAUUAAGAGGAAAUUAUGGUCUUCAGGAUCAGUCCCUGGCUUUGAAAUGGAUCAAAGAAAAUGUAAAAAGUCUGGGUGGAAAUUCAAAUCAAAUAACAUUAUUGGGUCAUGGAACUAGUGGAGCGCCAUGUGCAUUUUAUCACUCCCUCAUAAACAAUGAAAUGCUGCAUUCGUCUUCUCCCCCGUUCAAUCAGAUGAUACUAAUGUCUAGCGGAAAUAUUGAACGGGCUUUGCAACCUCAAAUGUCCGUGCAAGAAGCCUCCAAAAUCAUAGUGGAAAAACUGGGCUGUCAAUUUGAAGAGUAUAGUAAACAAUUAAUGAUGUGUCUUAGAUCGAAAAGUGUAAGUGAUCUGUUAAAAGCAUUUGAAAGUAUUUAUGAUCAUGGCAAUGGGACUUUUCAAUUGGGACCUAGUCUAUCCACAAAUUUAAAAGACAUGUUUAGCAACUCCUCUAUCAUGAAUAGUUUUCCUACUACUAUAAUAGGCAUUACAUCGAAUGAGGGAGCUUUUAUGCAGGAUUAUUGGCUUGAAUUGGCACGCGAUAGUUAUACAUCUUUGAAAUCGUACAUAAACUAUACAUUAUUGAGGAAUGUACUAUCGAGCCAAAAUCAACUCAAUAGCAGCGGCAGUAAGCAUGGUUUAGAUGCCAUAAACUGGCGUUAUUUUGCUGAUGAUCUUGAAGAGAAUCCGGUUCAUUUACUUGCAGCUCUACAAAGAUUUAUAUCGGAAUAUAAUUAUGAAAUUCCAUUUUAUAGAUUACUCAAUGUUUUAUCUAACGCCACAGAAUCACAAAACAACAACAAGUUAUAUGCUUAUAUAAAUGACUUUACAAAUUCAAUGGAUAUUCGUGGAAAAAUCAAUUUAUUUGGUGGAUCGUCACAUACCUCAGAUUUACCUCUUUUAUUUGGCCCGACAUUAUUUCAACAAAUCGCACGGCGUCGUUUUAAUGCAGAAGAAGAGAAAGUAUAUCGAAAAAUAAGAACACCUUUUAUAAACUUUAUUAAGAACGGUAAUCCCACUCCGGUUAGAAUUCACGAAGGCUGGCUUCCAUAUACCACUAAAAACAAAUAUAUAUAUGACUUAGGAGAUAUGUGGUCGGGUGUUAAAGACGACUCCACUUUAUUGGACUCAAAAAGUGUUCAGAAAAUCACACAACUAUUAGUUAAAGAUCAAAGCGCAUCUUCGACCCACUCUAGACCAAAUCGUAAUGAGUUCAGUAACUCUUAUCAGAUGCCAAAAAAUAAUAAUCUUGCCCCAACAAAAACUACACGAAUACGAAGCUCACCUUAUACCGCUCAUUUAAUGAGAGUCUAUGGAUUCUGGGAAGUUUUUCUUCCCGAGGCCAUCUCCAAGGAAUAUGCACUACGCACCGAUGAUACAGCCAUUACGCAACAUUUGCUUUUCAUGGAAGCAUCAGCAGAUGCAGCUCGUUUCAAGCAUGGUUUUUUUGUAAUGUUGGGACUAGUGCUGCUCCUGUUGACAUUGCUUUGUCUAUGUGUGUAUUUACUGCGUCGUGAUCCCUUGUCUUCUCCGCAAUUCGAUUGUGAUUUAUGACAUAAGUGGUUCAUUCGACCGGCAAAAAUCUUUAAACGUCCCAGUAGCACAAAUUCAAACGCUAGAGUUGCCCACGAAUUCAGACGCUCAACCAUGAGUAACAACUGGAACAGUCGUCAGUCGAAGCUUACAAACCAAAAUCAUCAAACCACCACAACACAGCCACAAGAUUUUAAAUAUCGUCCUAGACAAGUAGAACACCCAAUGAUGGAAGUACAAACGAAAAGCUCAAAGAAAACCACUAAAUCCGGAAAGGAGUUCAUCGAUGUGGCGAAAAAUCCAAAUUUGUUGAAAACCAUUACCGAAUCAGUCGUAGUACAUCAAAACAUGAACACUCCUCAAGGAAUGCAUUAUACUGAUCAUGUGGGAAUUAAAAACUGGCAGUACCAACUGACAUGCGAUAAGUUGUAAAUUUCAAUGCAUUAUUAAAUAAUGAUCAAACCUACGAAGUUAAUUAAUUCUAAAUACU